ACUGCAUGUCCAUUGUGAAGUGAAGAAAAUAUUUUGUCUCAUUUGUAAUUUGAGGAAAUGUCUAUUUUACUAAAUAUUUAAUCUGCAAGAGCAUCAAUAACCCUUAACGUGUUAACUUGUACUAAGUAUAACUUAAAUGUAAAAGUAUUUCGAUAAAUUUCAAAGUAAAUAAUUGAUGAUGGAACCAUUGAAGACAUUAGGGAACAGCGAUUCUGACCAUGAAGCGAGCAACUUCGAUUUCUAUUCAGGAAGUAUAAGGUCUGAAUCUGUACUCAUGAAUGUUUCACUAAUAUCAUCAUCAUCAUCCCAAGAAUCUCAUCGUUACAAGUCUUCACAAAAUAUAUCGUCAAGAAAGGCCGGAGUGUCUUCAUCAUGUCGCUUUCCAAAACUUGAAGAAUGUGCGCAUUUUCAUUAUGAACGCGUACAGUUGGGAAAUAUUUUAAUUCGUCUGAUUAAUGAUAAGUCUGAGAUGCUAGUUGGCCCCGGAAAUUCAACACAAAGUGAAAGUCAAACGCCACAACAAUGGUUUAUUAUCAGAAUUUCUGCUGGACGAUCUGAACCGUUUCUUAUAAAACGUUCACUUCAAAAUCUCAAAAUGCUUGAUGAAAUGUUGCAUCGUUGUGUGUAUGAUCGAAGAGUGAGUGAUUUAAGGGAUUUAAAUGAAGAUUUGGAGACGACAGAUGACGAAGAGUUAGAAGAUAUCGUGUCGCUUUAUUUAUCACGUUUAUCAACAAUUGCAAGUGAUGCUAUGACUUGUGGGCCCGUAUUAACAUGGCUUCAAUUGGAUAAUAAAGGACGACGACUACCAGUAGCCGAUUCAGAUACAAUGCUUACUAUCAACACUCCAGCAGUUGGAGCUGCUUAUGGAAUUCGGCGUUAUGUUGCACAAGCUUGUGACGAAAUUUCUAUCGAAGUUGGUGACAUGAUCUCAGUCAUUGACAUGCCAUCGCCUGCGGAAUCUAUUUGGUGGCGUGGGAAGAAAAAUCACUUUCAGAAAAAUCAAUACGAAGUUGGGUUCUUUCCACAGAAUUGCGUAGCAACAAUUGGCGAGAAAGUUCCUCGACAUAUGCCUUUACCUGCUCCACUAGUUGGAUCACUUGCAUUAUCCCCAACAAAGCCUGUGCUUCGAAAGCAUGGAAAACUUAUAACAUUUUUCCGAAGCUUUAUCUUAGCAAGACCCUCACGUCGAAGACUCAAACAAACUGGAAUAUACAAAGAACGGGUGUUCAGUUGCGAUUUAGGUGAACAUUUAAUGAACAGUGGACAAGACAUUCCAAUGGUUCUCAAAUGUUGUGCCGAAUUCAUUGAAAAAUAUGGAAUAGUCGACGGAGUAUAUCGUCUUUCUGGCAUAACAUCAAACAUACAAAAAUUACGGAGAGCUUUUGAUGAAGAGAGAAUUCCAGAUUUGAUGCAAACAGAAAUAAAGCAAGAUAUUCAUGCAGUCACUUCCUUGCUCAAAAUGUAUUUUCGUGAGCUGCCAAAUCCACUUUGUACGUAUCAGCUUUAUGAUAAUUUUGUAGAAGCUAUUCAGGUUCGGUCGGAAAUUGAUGAAACGCGUUUGAAAAUGAUCAAGCAAACCGUCAGAAAGCUUCCACCCCCACAUUACAGAACAUUGAAAUAUCUUGCUUGUCAUCUGAAUCGUAUUGCAAAGCAUUCUGUAAACACUGGAAUGACUGAAAGAAACAUUGCAAUUGUUUGGGCGCCUAAUUUAUUGCGAAGUCCCGCAUUGGAAUCUGGUGGUGUUGCUGCUCUCAGAGGUGUAGGCGUUCAAGCAGUUGUCACAGAAUAUUUAAUUGUUAAUUCAGAGAAAAUAUUUGACGACGCAAAUUACGAUUUUGAUUGCUUCAAUUCAUCAUCGCAACCGCCUUCACUUAGCGAUACUAGCAGCAUUCAAACUGAGCUUCGCGAUACGAGUUUAUCUCUUGUAGAACGUCCAAAAAGUCUUGGAAUUGGACCUCCCAAGCUCAUAAGCCUUGAAGAAGCACGUAGUCGAAAGAAUGCUAAGGAAAUUGAAAAAGUCAUGCCAGUAAUGCCAACAUCGACGAACAAUUCUUAUAGUUCCUACAUAGAAGUUGGAGGUGGCCCUGCCAGUCUUCCUGAUAAAUAUCAUACGGUUUUGCCUGUGCCAAGAAAUUGGAAUAAAAGAAAAACAAAUUCAUGGAAAUCGAUCUUCCAACGUGGUGACCGUCGAUCCGACAAUAACGUCAAAUCAAAGCUAAUUUCAAAUCCAAUUGUAAUGGAUGAUACAUCAAAAGUUAAUGAGACUGAAGUAGAUGAAAAUCAAAGUAAACUUCCAAUUAUUGUUUCAGCUUCUAACAGUGCCAAUAGUAGCUUCAAAGAGAAGAAGAAAUUAGCAAAAAGUUUUGAUACAUUGGACGCCACUGCAAAUACCCUAGCCUCAGAAGCUUCCUGUCAACGGUCAUGUUCAAUUGAUAGUUUCAGAACAGCCGGACAUAGUCGAUCUGUAUCUCAUGAUUCUUAUUUCGAUUUACUUCAAUCGCCAUUACGUGGAAGUAUGACUACGUACCCAUCAAAAGAAAUGUCAGAAUUACGUUUGAAUUUUGAUCGUGAGGAACCAGAGAUGAGAAUUUUUAGUGAAAGCGAAAGUCUCGUAAGUAGUCCAAAAAUGAACAAAGAUUCUUCAAUUUUGAGAAGAGUUCAUCGGUCGCGUCCUGAAAAAUAUAAAACUGAAGGGAAAUCUGUGAAUAUGUCAUCGCCAAAUGAGUCAAAGGUUUGGACGACGAUUAUCAAUGAAGCAGAAAAUGAAAACAGCAUAAAGAAAGAAGAGCCGCCUUCGUCAUUGAAACGUUGCAAAUUAGAAGAUCAGUUAUCUGACAUUCAAUAUAUUGAUAGUAGCACACCGGAACAUUCCGGCGCCAAAGCUUCUUCAACUAUUCCCAACACGAACAAGGCCGGUGUUGCAAUCUACACGCAAAUCCAAAUCCAUAAUCAACCAACAAUGAAUGCUCAUCAAGGGCAACACAAAACUAUCAUAGACACAACAAAUAUCGUUCCAUUAAGACAGGAAAAUGACCGAUACAGUUAUCCGGUUACGCAAUAUUCUGUCUAUGGAUCGAAGAAAGAAGAAAGAUUCAGUUAUCCAAUAGGCGUCAUGUCGUUUGUAAAAGAUUUUAGUUAUAAAAGCGACGACGAUGAUAAUGACAAACUUUCGAGUGACGUCAAUAAAAUGUGUCAAAGUCAAAGUCAAAGUAACGUACGAGAAAGUUUUGAAGCUGAUUCUGAACUGUUCAAAAAUUCAGAAAUGAAUUCGUCAAAAUUAAGCUCAACAACAACGACAACGCAAUCUCCUUUAAAAUCUCCAUGCUAUUCACUUUUAAUUGGUUCAAAUUCAAGCUCAACACUUAUCUCACCUAUCAAUAUUCCUAUUUAUGAUUGCAAUCAAUAUGAACAACCAUUAAGCUUAAAAAACGUAGAACAAGAGAAUGAAAUGUCAUUGGAAUUGAUGAAACAGACAACGUUAGCAUCAACACAUCAAAGUUUGACAACCUCCGAUAUCAAAACAGAAACAGACAACACAAGUCCAUCAAUAACUCCAAGUGAGAUUAGCUAUCAGAAAAUUUUCAAUCGUCAAUCAGCGUUUACACCAGAAGUUGAAAAUUUAUGUGAAGAUUCAAAUGAAGCAAACUUGAUAGUGAAACCAACGAUCGUUCAUGUGCCAUCAUCAUCAUCAUCGCCACAAAAUGAUCAAAGCAAUGACAUUACGAAUCCAAUAAGAUCUUCAAUUAAAAUCACAUACAACUUGAGAUCUCCAGCACUAUCUGAAACAAAUCAAUCAAAUUUUUCCUUUGAAAAUUUCAGUGAAAAGGAAAAACAAGCUGAAAAUACUUUUCUUGAGACUUCUUUCGAUGAGCUUCCUUCAAGAGUUUACGAGAACAUGGAGUUUCACGAGAAGAAAUCAAAUAUGCCUGACGAUCAUUACGAGAAUGUUUUCAAAAGCAUUAAAAUCAAUUCUGACAAUGAUCAAGAAACCUAUGAUAGCAUUGAGCUCGACCAAGAUUGUUCUUUUUACGAAAAUGUUGAAUUAAGAAGGAAAGAAAAGGUUGAGAUAUCCAAAGAGGCACCGUCAAAUAAUCUCAGCAAAGUAAGAAAGCUUUCGUCUAAUUAUGAGAAGAAACAACUUGAACAACUUCAACUUUCCAACUACGACUUCCAAAAAUCGCCAUCAAUCAAAUCUGAAGUUCAGCUCAGGAAAGUUUCUAAUAGAAACCCUGAAAACUUUACGAUGACGAGAAGUUUAGAUGAAAAUGCAUUCAUUCGUGAAUUUGGAAGUGCCAGAAAAUUUGAAGAAUUCAAUAAAUGCAUCAAAGAAAUUGACGAAUUCACAAGCAACUCAAAUAGAAAAUCUACUGAUUACUCAAAACCAAAGACAUUAGGUCAGCCAAAGACACUGCCAAGCUUUAGUCAACAUAUUCCAAAAUGUAUUGAACACAGUCGAUAUCUCGUCGAUACUAAAACAUCUCCAGACGAUUCUGAUCGUGAGCGACAUAAGUUGCAUCUAAAUAUUGGCAAUCUUAAUGUUUAUGUUGAAAACCAACGGAGUCAAUCAUGUGGUAGUGAACGCACGCCACUUCAAACAUACAAUGCUCGUAUUACACCAACAACCGAGAAUCGAAUUUCAUUGAUUCAAAGUAAUUUCGAAAGUGGAAUUGAUAAGCGCAAAGGUUUUGAUGAUGAUAAAGCUACUUCAGCUACAAGUCUUACAAGCUUAAAAAUGUUGAAAUUAGAUCGGGAACGAAUUGAAAAAAUUAAGGAAGAACGACGACAUCAAAUGAACGAGAAAUAUCGGAGCGAGUCGUUUAGAAAUUUAAAUAACAAUAUAAAAUUUGUAAAACCGAAAUUAAAGGAAGAUUCGAUCAAUAUGGAUGAUGACGAUAUAAAUAAUCAAAGAUUUAAAUCAAAAAGUCGGAAUCAACUUGAUUCCGAAGAAUCCUUUAAUGCAAUAGGUGUAGCAACUUCGUCUUCCGCUAGUAAUUUGACUUUGCAUGGAAGAGUCAGACGAAUUAGCGAUGAAAAGAAUCAAAAUAACAUCAACUCAGGAGGUCAAGAACAACCAUUCAUGUCGUUGAAUUUGAACACAAAAGAAAGUGCAAUCGAAGCGUCGAAUCGUAAUAUCGAUCAACAAUAUUCACCCAUUAAGAUAAAAAGUCAAAGUUUCAAGAUGAAUGAUGAAGGAAAUAGCUCUGGAAGCAAUUUACAAUAUUGUCGUACCUCCUUACAAAAUGAUUUUUACACUCGAAAUAUUUCAAUUAAAGAUGUAGCAGCAAUGUUUGAAACAAGAUCAUCUCAUCAGCAAUCAAAAUAAUUUAUUUUGCUCACAUCCACCAACACCAUUAUCAUCAGUUUUUUUUUUGGAUUAAUGAAUAUCUAUUGCAAAAGUGAAAAUAUUUAUUACUCUCAGUAAUGUUAAUCAGUUCAAUGUUGAAGUUUCUCAUCAGUCUUAAGCUUUAAAUAAGAAAUUCACGUGAAGAAUCUCUCACUUUUUGGAACAGCUUAAAUUGCAAAGUUAGAUAACUAAAAUUUAAUUUAAAAUUCCCUAAACAAAUCGCUUCUCUUUAUAAAUCGUUAAAUGCAUGUGUGCAUGUAAUUUAAGCUGAUAUCGUUUCUAUUCAAAUGCGCUUCAAACUUCCCGUCGGAACACUUGGAAUAUUCACAUCAAGAGUCCCCAAAAUGAGCAAAAUCUUCAAUAAAAAUCUAAGUAGGUAUAUCUAACACAAUUGCGCAACAGUAGUAAUUUAUAUAUACCUAUAUAAAAAAAUGUUUGGCUUUGAAGUUUUCAAAAAAAAAAUAAGUAAUUUCUAAAAGAUGCCAAACUUUAUUUAACAAGAAAAUGAAUUUUAUUGAAACGAGUUUUCAUUUUUACAAUUUUUACCUAAAGAUCGACUAUUUUAUAGAUUUUGAUAAACAAUUAUUUCCAAGUUUUAAAUUAAGAAAAUUAAAUAUUUAAUGAAUGAUUAUCAGAACUAAACUUGACAUCAGAGUGGAUUGUUAAGUUGUUCUUAACUUUCAGUCAUCUGAUAAUAAAAAACAUUCAAAAGUAUAAAUAUUGCUAUCAAUAAAUACAGUCAAUACAUUAAUAUAUAACUAAAAUAAUACGAGAAAACAGUGUUAUUUAUUGAUUGGCACUUUAUAUAAGAACUUAAAGUCAAACUGCGAAUAUUUCUUUCUCAAAUAGUUAACUGCGAAUUUUCCUCGAAUAGAUUCUAUGCCAGAUUGAUAUUUAUUGUCUAUUUGAAUUUUAUUUUUUUAUUUUUAACAUCACGUAGUAAGCGAGCAUAACUUUUCUGUCAAUCACAUUGCAGCUUUAUUUACUAUGAUACGUAUUAGAAAAUCAAUAUUUUCCUUCAGUCACAUUGACUUCUGGCUUAGAGAGUCUUAAACGAGAUGCUUUCUGAGAUCAAAAAAUUUUCGAUUAAUAAUUAAAAUGCAAAGAAUUUUGAAUUCUUCCGCAAGUCAUUUUACAAAAUCUUCAUAUACUUUAUAUAAAUUUGUAACUAAAUUAAGUAUAAAUAAUUUGUAAAGCGAACUGUAUAACUAACUUAUAUAUGUAUAUUGUUAUUCCAUUUUGAGAUUAUUUGUUGCGUCUUGAAAGUUAUAAUUUAAACUAAUUUAACACUAAGAAAAUAUCAUUAAUAAUUUUAUAAACAUACAUGAAUGUUUAUUUGUGUAAAUGUAGGUAAAGGCAUGAAGAAAAGAUUGAUUGCGAACAUGAAAAAUUUGUACUAAAUUAUUAAAGCUUUUACUAUAAAAAAUUAUUGAGAUAUGAAAACUCUUAUUGAGUAAAAGGCUUUAUAUUGGACACAUCUAAUUACAAUAAAUAACGAAAAUAUGUUUUCAAAAAUGCUUUUAUUAAAACUGAAAAUGAUCAAGAUACUGUUUAUAAUAACUUUUGGUUUUUUCCUUAAAACACUAUCAUUCUUUAUCAUUUAAAACUAUUUUAUCGAAAUCUCGGACAAUUUUACAAAAUUUUAAAAAGACAAAACAGUUUUAACAAUCUUAUUAAAUAGCAAUGG